AUGUCAACGAUUGAAGUUGACUGCAUAGCAUAUGAUGGUGCUGAGGGCGGAACAGUCAUGGUGACACCAGAUGCUGGGAAAAUACCGCAUGUCGACACAAGAUUUUGCAAUACGGAACACGAAGGAGCUCCAUUACCCCAAGUGACGCCGAGUGAAGAUACAAUCUCAUCCAGCACUAGCUUCAAAAAGCCCACUGAUGAUCAUACAAACUUUGCUAAAGCAAUCUUGGAUUCAUUGAGAUGGAGCCCAAAUGGAAGGACAAAAACAGCUCAUCCUUUCGUGUCUCACUUACUCUACCAAUACAAAGAGCAGUCCUUAAAAGAGAUGAUUUGUCGCACAUUCCCCAAUCUAAAGGAUCUAGUGCAUAUCAAGGAGAUUGGAGACUACCCACUUUGCAUACGCCUCUUCCUUUGUGCACUUGGUUUUUUGUUGUGUGGUCUGCCAUACGAAUACGCUGUAGAUCCAUGGGACCUUCUGGCAACAACUUUUUGCCACGAUUGCUCUUGCAAGGAAAUGAAGGAUGCUUGUACUCAAGCAAUCGAAGACUUCCUAUUCCAUCAUACACCGGAGAGCAGGGGCAUUGAAACAACCGAACCUAUGCGCACCUUCAUUGAAAAGUGUACAUUGUCAGCGAAUUGGAAGCCAAAAAGCAAGACGGAAUCUGACCCCUUGCACUUGCCACAAUAUCUGAAGGAAACUUACAGCAAGAAAUAUCCGUUUUUCAGCUUGGUCUUUGGACAAAAACCAAAGCCGGCUGCGUGGGAUAUAGAUAUGAAGAUGUUCCUAUUUGCAAUCGCUGCAUUGACUACACAACGACCCGAGAUAAAUAGAGACUUCUUCCUCGAAAUAGUGGCAGGCUGCUCACGCAGCCAGCACAAAGUACUCCAUCCUGACAUCCUUCUGAGAGCUGUCAACCCCGAGAACCUUCUAGAAGCCAUCGCAAAUAUCGAGCUAAUCGACGACUCUGCAAAAGGAAGCGGCGAAUUGUUGAUUGAAGCCAAGAUAGACGACACUCUCCCGAAAGCAAUCCCAAAUCUUAUCCCAGUCAUCGACUCUGACAGCGGCGACUCGUGGAUCAAAACCAAUAUACCUAGACUGGCAGACGAACCUCUCUACAAAGUGGAUAAUUCGUCAGAAGAAACCAUGCACCAGGAAGACGAACUCGUUAUGGAAAUCUUGUACAAGAGACUCGCAAUGGACAAGAGUGAUAGGAGUUAUGAAAUGAAUCGACUCUUCCAUUGUAUUGCCAAUCGCACCUUGGAGGAAUCAAGGGUGAGGACGACGGUCUCGGAGGAAUCAACGACAUCACAAUACAUCUCAAAAGUGAGCUUCAGAUCACCAAGGAAUCAGAUGAUUGAAAAGUAUUACGCCUUGCUUCCUCAGCCAAAAGUAGACUUCACUGCUCUGACACAAAAUGCCAAGAAGAAAAAGGCAAAUCUGAUGAAGGAAAUUAUUGCUCAAUUGGUGGGUCCAGAUCUUGCUCAACAAGAAGCAUUUCUGAAGCUUUCAUUCAAAAAGUUCAAAGACCUUAUACUUUUCCACGAGGAAGACUUCAAGUGGAACGAAAUGCACAUUGCUUUAAUACUUUGUAUUGUGGGCAGUGCCAACAAGGUGAUUAUGCUUGAUCGAUUGGAACGUCUUCUCCUUGGAAAUACAAGAUUCCCGCCUCAACUGAAGGUGUUUCUGUCAAAGCUUGGGUGGAAGUGGAGAAUGCGCAUUGAGGCUGAGAUGAUACCCCUUGAGAUGAAUGGCAACAAAGAAGUGAGGCCCCAACUCUCUUGGCACCUAGCAACGCCACUCCGGGCUCUGGAGCGGCAGGUGGAGGCAGCAUUUCUGUCUGGCAAUUUCUUGCAUUCAGGCGACUUUUCGUUGAUGGAGGACAUAAUCGCUGUUGUGUUCGGCGCUGACAAAGAUGAAAUUGCAACAUCGAUGCUAAUUCGAAUCUUGAACCGAGUAAAGGGGAAUUGCAGUGCAUUUGUCACGACCCUGGCGAUGUACGAGCAUGCAGCUGAGUGCCAUGAGAAUAUGAAGAAGACAUUUUUGAAGAAAGGUUCUCCAAUACAAAGGUUUCUGCAAUUGCUUUUGGAUAACAAAUUUUUUGCACUUACGGUCAAUUCCAUUGACAAAGACGAAGGACACGUUGUCCAAAGCCAGUGCAUCGCAAUAAAUUUGUUUGCAGAUCAUCGUCAAAGUGCAACUGAUGAGAGGAUGCUUCCCCAAAUGAAAGUGAAGGUCGAAUGUUGCAAAGCAAGAUUUUGCUCCAUAGCAGACUUCAAGGUGGUGACGUCACCUCAAGAUUUUGAAAAUUUUGAAAAUUUUGAAAAUGAGAAUGAACCAGCUUUACCGGUACAUAUAUCAUCUGUUGGUGCGAAGGAUGAGACCGAUAAUGACGACGACGAGAAAUCAAGUUCAACUGUCUCAACUUUUUGCGACAAUGCUACUCGAUUCUCCGAUGAUGAUGAAGCAGAAGAUGACGCAUCAUCUAUUGGUGAAAAGGAGGAUGACAACAGUAGCGACGAAGCGCAAUCAAUUUCGACUGUCUCAACUUUUCACGACGACGAGCAUGAUGGAAAAACUGAUGAAGCAUUGGAUUUUUGCUUGAAUGAUGGAACAAGCAGAAGUGAUGACGACGAAGAAGAAAAUUUGUCAAAUCAGAAUGGUGGAACGACUGACGAAGAAGAGAAAGAUAAAUUAGACGAUUACAAUGACUUGCAUGAUGAUGCAACAAGAGCUGACGAGGACGAAGAAAAUUCUCUUGGACAAGCAGAAGAGUCAUUACUUGGGAUGAAGUGUAUCGGAUUGAAGCUGGAUGAAGAAUGGAAAAACGGAAGCAAGAGGCUUUGGCUACAGCUCGUUUACAAUGACGACAAUAAGUACUAUGGGUACCGCAUCUUUUUGAACAGCAAUCCUGAUGUCGACGGUAACGGCCAAUGCAGGCUGUUGGUUGCCGGAUUUUUUGAGAAGCCGAUUCACCGGCGGGAUUCAAUGGACGAUGAACUGAUCGAUUGUGGCUUCAAACAGGUGGUUGGAUUUGCUAGCUGCGACAAGAAAAAUUCCUGGGCGACUAUGGGCAUGAUGGACAGCGCGAAUGCAAGGUCAAAUUGUAUCUGCUGUAUCCAAUCACAAAGCACCUACAAGACGAACUUUCCAGACUGGAUGGUGGAAUAUGCCCAAAAAAAUGGUAUUGAGAACGGGCUUCUAGCAGCCAAAGUUGAAGCCGGGUGGAAAGACUGUCCUUUGCGCUGCCGAGAACAUUCAAACCCAAUCAUGUUUCAGAAGCUUCAAGAUGAUACCAACAAUGGAAACAACACAUACUCCGAAGAUCAGUUGCGAGAUAUUCGAGAAAGACAUGGAUGUGUAGUCAAUGAGCCACUUCUAGAUAUCCAUCCCUCGAAACAAACUUUUGGAGGCCUGCAUAAUGGCGCAGGAUUGGAGAACCACAUUAAGAAUAACACGGAUAUGAGAUUGGGACAUAUCGAUGCACUCAAAAGUGCGGGAACGACGACAUGGCUGGAAAAAAUGGACGGCGUAAAGGUGCAGUGUAAGCAUGAGAAAGCCAACACCAAAAGACGCCUCAAAGCAUUGAAAAAGAAGAUCGACAAUUUACAAUCAGGCAUCAACAGCGCAAAAAUCAUCAUUGAACGAGCGGAAGAUCCACACAGAAGAUUUGCAUCAACGUCGGAUGCUUGCGUGCAGAACGUGCGAGCAGAACUUGCUAUUUUGCUUUCUGAGAAAGAACCCCUUGACCGUGAGUACGGCGAGAAUCUUCGUCUACACAUGGGUGCCGAUGUCCUCCCGAAACUGAUUGAAAGAUACCUCAGUACGAAGAAACCCAAAGGUCCAGCUCAGUGGGCCUUUCGCAAAGCUAUUGAAUUAGCGGGUCCUAAAUUCAAUCCACAAUUUGGAGGAAUGGAUUUGUCACAUGCUCACGGAUUGUUGAUGCUCGAGAAAUUUUCCGAGAUCACCAAAAUGGUUGGUGGCGGUGGAUACAGACCGGGUGAGGAAAAGCAUCAGAUGGUUGCGCAAGCAAUGGGGGAAUCACAAGAGAUAACCACGCCUAUGUUCACGAUGAACACGCUCCUCAAGUCGCAACAAAAAUGGGACGAAGAUAAGAUUGAUGAGCUGAAACGGAAUUGUUUUAUGAUGUUCUUCAAAUGGCUGAAAUAUUUCCCCAAACAGGGUGUGUUUCCAAAACUGCAUGAUGUGGCAUGGCACAUUCCUCAGUUCGUCACUCGGAACUGGAUGUAUGGAAUAUUGUCAGAAGAAUCGAUGGAGAGUCGUCAUCAAGAGCACAAGAAAUUGCUUUCAAUUUUGAGUUUCAUGCCAAAUACGAAGCUUCGAAAUGAUGUGUUCACAAGCCGCCUUCAAGUCUAUCAGCUUCCAGAAUUUGAAAAGGAAAAGGCAACACUGAUUGCAAAAACCACUAAGAAGAAGCGAGGCAAGUACAACAUCAAGCCAAAGAAUAAUUCUUUGCCCAUUUCGCAAACUGAAUUGAUUCUGGAUGGCGUGAACAUUCGCAUCAACAAAGACAUGUCCAUCGAACCGAGUUGGCUUGAAGUCUACAAUAUGGUUGCCCGUGGCAUAGUUCCGAGCUCCUGGGAAAAAAUAUUUAGCGAGAGAGACGAUAUCGAUGACAGACAGAAAAUGAAGGCUUUAUACUCUUCCCAGACUUGUAGAUAA